CCAAUACUUAAUAAUCGAUUAAUUCAGCGCGAGACGUCUGCAGACGGGAUGGACACGCGGACAGAAGCUUCCGCUCACGGGAGUAAAACGAAUGAAAAACCGCCUAUUCACAGAAAGAGGAGUCCUUCACGGAACACUCGCCCUUUUCGACCAAGGUUUGGGGGGAAAUACUUUCGUCCACGACAUUCCUCAGCCCUCCUCUGCAGACAGACCAUCACUGUCAUUCACUGUGCCACAAGAAGGUCAAGCCUGCAGCAGCAGAGAUGCUUUCUCAUCUGUGACACGUGCUGCAGCCAGAAACAGGGCCAUACAGAGAAAACGGGAGCAGAUAGAGGAGGUGUAUCGGCAGGACUGUGAUACAUUUGGAGUGGUUGUGAAGAUGUUGGUGGCUAAGGAUCCAUCCUUGGAGAGGCCAAUUCAGGUGUCUCUGCGUGAAAACUUGAGGGACAUUGGCUUGCGUUGUGUCGAGGCCAUGGAGCAAUUUAUUCAUGAGUAUGACUCUUGAUUGCCACACAAUCCAUCCUCCUCACAACUACACCAUCAAGUGAUGAGUGCAAACCUUUUUAAGGACUUUGGGUUCACUUCACUGUCGUGUGUUAAAUCAGUAACUUUGCAGGAAAGUUGAUCUCCAGGAGACAUAUUGAAAGCUUAAAUCAUUGUGUCAGCAAUUUUAAUCUAAUAGGUAUAAUCAACACUGUAAGUAGUUGAAAGUAAAAACAGAUCUUUAUCUGUCUAGCCAGUAAUAUCAGAUAUUCUCAAAAUUGGAAAUAAUGUCUAAUGCGAUUUAUGUUGUGUGCUUUUACUUUUAUUUUGAUCUUUUUAAAUUUGUAUUUCAUUAGUAAUUUGCAGAUGUUGUGUUAUGAGAGCAUAAUCUAAAACAUCUCUUGAAUUCUGAGGAGUUUAACAUUUUGUA